CGCAGCAGUCUCCUGCGUGUGUUUUCUCGCUCGUGUUGCAACAGAAAUGUGAAUAUUUCCCUUCAGCGUGUAUUAUUCUUAUUUUUAUUCAUAAGGCAUUAGCUCGGACCUAAGUCACCAUGAAAGGCAGAUUCACCACCGUGGACAUCAGGGCGGUUAUUGCGGAAAUUAAUGCCAACUACCUUGGCAUGAGAGUGUACAACGUGUACGACAUUGACAACAAGACCUAUCUUAUUCGUCUACAGAAGCCAGACAGCAAAGCUGUUCUCCUGAUUGAAUCUGGGACUCGCAUUCACUCCACAGACUUUGAAUGGCCCAAGAACAUGAUGCCUUCAGGGUUUGCGAUGAAAUGUCGAAAACACCUGAAGACGCGCCGGCUGAACCAGGUUAAGCAGCUUGGGAUUGACAGGAUUGUGGACAUGCAGUUCGGUUCAGAUGAGGCCGCCUACCACUUGAUCAUCGAGCUCUACGACAGGGGUAACAUCAUUCUUGCCGACCAUGAGUACACGAUCCUGAACCUGCUGAGGUUUCGUGCGGCAGAUGCAGAGGAUGUAAAGAUCGCUGUGAGGGAGCGCUACCCAGUAGAGAACGCCAGACCACCUGAACCUCUCAUCAGUUUGGAGCGACUGUCAGAAAUCCUGAGCAAAGCACAACAUGGAGACCAAGUGAAAAGGGUCUUGAACCCUCACCUGCCCUAUGGAGCCACGCUCAUUGAGCACAGUUUGAUAGACGUGGGACUUUCAGGCUCUCUGAAAAUUGACAGUCAAGUGGAUGUUGCUGAAGUCGCACCUAAGGUCCUAGAAGCCCUGGAGAUUGCAGAAGGUUUUCUGGAAAAAACUGAAAAAUUCAGUGGGAAAGGUUACAUCAUUCAAAAGAGUGAGAAGAAACCAAGUCUAACUGCUGGCAAAACCAAUGAAGAACUACUCACAUAUGAUGAGUUCCACCCAUUCCUUUUUGCCCAACAUGUAGAGAUUCCCCAUUUGGAGUUUGAUUCUUUUGACAAGGCAGUGGAUGAAUUCUUUUCUAAGAUGGAGAGCCAGAGAAUUGACAUGAAGGCUUUGCAUCAGGAGAAACAGGCGCUGAAGAAGUUGGAUAAUGUCAGGAAGGACCACGAGCAAAGGCUGGAAGCUUUGCACCAGGCGCAGGAGGUGGACAGAAUCAAGGGUGAACUGGUGGAGAUGAACCUGCCUGUUGUGGAGAGGGCGCUGCAGGUCGUGCGAAGUGCACUGGCCAACCAGGUGGACUGGACUGAAAUUGGUAUCAUUGUGAAAGAAGCGCAAGCUGCUGCAGACCCUGUGGCCUGUGCCAUCAAAGAGCUGAAGCUGCAGACCAACCACAUCACCAUGCUGUUGAAGAAUCCUUAUAUUACUGAAGAGGACCAGGAUGACGAGGACAAGAAUGAGCCAAAGGAGGAGAAACGAAAGAAGAACAAGAAUAAAGACAAAGGACAGGACAAGAAGCUGCAAAGGAACAAACCCAUGUUAGUGGAUGUGGAUCUUGGCCUUUCAGCUUAUGCCAACGCCAAAAGGUACUAUGACCAUAAACGGACUGCUGAAAAGAAGGAACAGAAAACCAUUGAGGCAUCAGAUAAGGCUAUGAAAUCUGCAGAAAAAAAAACCCAUCAAACACUGAAGGAAGUCCAGACAGUGACAACGAUUCAAAAGGCCAGGAAAGUCUACUGGUUUGAGAAGUUCCUCUGGUUCAUCAGCUCCGAGAACUAUCUGGUCAUCGCAGGAAGGGAUCAGCAGCAGAAUGAGAUCAUUGUUAAACGCUACCUCCGUGCAGGUGAUGUCUACGUGCACGCUGACCUCCAUGGAGCAACUAGUUGUGUCAUUAAAAACCCUUCAGGGGACCCCAUCCCUCCCAAGACCCUGACAGAAGCCGGCACCAUGUCGGUGUGCUACAGCGCUGCUUGGGAUGCCAAGAUUAUCACCAGUGCUUGGUGGGUCCAUCAUCAUCAGGUGUCUAAAACCGCCCCCACUGGAGAAUAUCUGACCACGGGAAGCUUCAUGAUCAGAGGAAAGAAGAAUUUUCUGCCUCCGUCUUACUUGAUCAUGGGUUUUGGGUUCCUCUUCAAGGUGGAUGAACUGAGUGUGUUUCGGCACCGAGGGGAACGGAAGGUGAAAACUAUAGAGGAAGGCAUAGAGGACGUCACCUCAAGAACUGCUGAGCUGUUAGAGGAGGGAGAAGAGCUGAUCGGAGAUGACAGCAGCAAUGAAGAUCAGGCUGAAGAAAACGCAGGAGCCGGCGAGAACAAAACAUCUGAAAAGAAGAUUAAAAAGGAAACCAGCAGUGAGAUGGAUAACGGCAUGCAGGCAGAGCAAAACAACAUGGAGAAGUGUAGGGAGGAGGAGAGCAGCACAGAAAAAGAGCCUGAGGAGAGUGAAGAAAUCAGCUUUCCUGAUACGACUAUCUCGCUCUCUCAUUUACAACCCAGCAGGGCUGCUCAGAAACCAGGUUUCAAAAAAGAAACAUCUCAGUCAGAGGUGGAUUCACAAGGAAGAAAGCACAUGACUGCCAAGCAGAGAAGAGAAGAGAAAAAGAAGAAACAGAAGCAGGAGGACUGUGAUGCUGAGGAGAAGACGGAGGAAAAGACGGAGGAAAAGAUGGUGAAGAAGACGGAGGAAAAGAUGGUGACGAAGACGGAGGAGAAGACGGAGGAGAAGACGGAGGAGAAGACGGAGGAGAAGACGGAGGAGAAGACGGAGGAGAAGACGGAGGAGAAGACGGAGGAGAAGACGGAGGAGAAGGCCGAGGAGAAGACGGAGACUUCAUCUGGGGGUUUACCUGAGGACCAGGGAUCCAAAAGUGGAGGAGGAGCAUCGCAGCCGCCUCUCAAGAGAGGGCAAAAGAACAAACUGAAGAAAAUCAAAGAAAAAUACAAAAACCAGGAUGAAGAGGACAGAGAGCUGAUGAUGCAGCUGCUUGGGUCAGCUGGUUCUGCCAAGGAGGAGAAGGAUAAAGGGAAGAAGGGGAAGAAGGGCAAGGGUAAAGAGGAGCCUGUCAGGAAAGCAGCCCCUCAGAAACAACAGCAGAAACCUAGAGUUGUGUCUGUGGUGAAGAACCCGGAGCAGGCGGGAGGAGGGGAAGAGAAGGGCGAGCAGGAAAAGCCUAAAGAGGAAGGUGGUCCCGUGGAGCAAGAGGACAAGGAAGAUGAGGUGGACCCGGACAACCCUGGAGCAGAGGAAGCAGAGACUCUUCUCACGUCUCUCUCUGGCCAGCCGCACCCCGAGGACGUGCUGCUGUUCGCCGUGCCGGUCUGUGCGCCGUACACAGCCCUUUCCAACUACAAACACAAAGUGAAGCUGACGCCAGGUGCUCAGAAGAAAGGAAAAGCUGCUCGAACGGCGGUGCUCAGCUUCAUGAAAGCCAGAGAAGCCUCGCUCAGAGAAAAAGACCUGUUCCGAAGCGUCAAGGACGCGGACCUGUCCAGAAACAUGCCGGGGAAAGUAAAGGUGUCUGCUCCGAACUUACUGGCUGCAAAGAAGAAAUGAAUGCAGCACGCACAGACUUGAAAAUAUCCAGCACAGAACCGGAGUUUAAUGAAACUUUACCAGCCUUCCACAUCGCCAUAGUAGCAAGAACCUCAUCAGUACUACACCCUUGUUGGAAUCCAGCUCUUUUAUUUUAAAGAUUGAUUGUAUAUGUUCAUCAGAAACAUGUAAAGAAGCAAAGCUGAACAAGAA